GGGGCGGGGCGGCGAGCGAGCGAGCCUCUAGGUAACCGCGGCGGGCUGCGGCUCUCACUUAAUGCGCGGAGCCGCACGCCGCUCGUCAUCCUUCUUUACGUCCUGCCCUUCGUAUCAUGUCCCUGAGGAGCAGCCUCUCGCGUCUCCUCCGGACGCAAGUGCAUUCCGCCCCGAAGAAGUCCGUCCACUCCGUGGCUGUCAUUGGAGCCCCAUUCUCACGGGGGCAGAAAAGAAAAGGAGUGGAAUAUGGUCCAGCUGCUGUAAGGGAAGCUGGCUUGAUGAAAAGGCUCUCUGAUUUGGGCUGCCACCUUAAAGACUUCGGAGAUUUGAGUUUUACUCCAGUUCCCAAAGAUGAUCUCUACAACAACCUGAUAGUGAAUCCUCGCUCAGUGGGCCUCGCCAACCAGGAACUAGCAGAGGUCGUCAGUAGAGCGGUGUCAGGUGGCUAUAGCUGUGUCACGGUGGGAGGAGACCACAGCCUGGCAAUUGGUACCAUUAGUGGCCACGCCCGGCACUGCCCAGACCUUUGUGUGAUCUGGGUUGAUGCCCAUGCUGACAUCAAUACACCCCUCACCACUUCAUCUGGAAAUCUCCAUGGACAACCAGUUUCAUUUCUCCUCAGAGAACUACAGGACAAGGUACCACAACUCCCAGGAUUUUCCUGGAUCAAGCCUUGUAUCUCUUCCCCAAGUAUUGUGUAUAUUGGACUAAGAGACGUGGACCCUCCUGAACAUUUUAUUUUAAAGAAUUACGAUAUCCAGUAUUUCUCUAUGAGAGACAUAGAUCGACUUGGUAUCCAGAAGGUCAUGGAACAGACGUUUGAUCUGCUGAUUGGCAAAAGACAAAGGCCAAUCCAUCUGAGUUUUGAUAUUGAUGCAUUUGACCCUACCCUGGCUCCAGCCACAGGAACUCCUGUUGUAGGGGGACUAACCUAUCGAGAAGGCAUGUAUAUUACUGAGGAAAUACACAAUACAGGGUUGCUCUCAGCAUUGGAUCUUGUUGAAGUCAAUCCUCGGCUGGCCGCUUCAGAGGAAGAGGCCAAGGCUACGGCCAGCCUGGCAGUGGAUGUGAUUGCUUCAAGUUUUGGGCAGACAAGGGAGGGAGGGCACAUUGUCUAUGACCACCUUCCUACUCCCAGUUCACCAGAGGAAUCGGACAGUGAAGAACGUGUACGGAUUUAGGAAACACUGGCUGCUGACACAAUGAGCCUCCUCGAGUUGGGAGGCAUGUGAGGUGACAGACCCUAAAUGUUCGUCUGGGUCAGUACUGCCUUAAUGAGAACAUUUGUGCAUUCUCACAACUGCAAAGUUUCCUUCCCCUUCACUUUGGUGACUGAUAAUACUGCUGUAAAUGUAUUUGGGGUUUUUUUUGAAGCUCACAGAGUAUUAAUAUGGGGGAGUACUCUGUAAAAACGUAAAGAAGUCAUAAACAGCAUUUAUUACCUUGGUA